AUGUUUUUGUUUGUUGUUUUUUUUAAGGCAAAUCUAAAGAUCAGCAAGGGGCAAGCAGUGAUCCUGGUGCUGGGAGUGAAGCUUCAGGUUCAAGCAAAGGAGUUUCCCAUGACCAAGGUAUAGACCUGUGUUUUAUAGAGUGAUUAAAAUCGCAAAAAUAUAUCGCAUGUUGAGAAUUUAUAGCGAACCUCUCUACUCUGGCCACCUUGAGGGUAGCCCUUAAAUGCAAUAGCCAGUGUUUUGCCUGUGUAAUGCAAAUGAUUGGUGGUCCACAUCUUUUUGUAAUUGAGCUACUGCAAAUCAUUACCCAGGGUAUAGAAUAACUAGGAGUAGUUGACACUACAGCUGCCCCUACUGCUCUGUAUGUUGUCGGUCAAUGGUAUUCUCGCUUGUUGUGUAGCUCUUUGUAAUAUACUGAUUCAUAAUGAAGAUUUUCACACAUAUUCCAUACAAUAGGUGAGUUAAUACAGGAAACGCAAGGUUCCAUGUACCGGUUUCGGUUCGAUUUACACAGCUUUGAUCAAAAGAUUCUCAGUUUCGAGAAUAGUUUAUUCUAAACCAUAAGAAAAGAUUUAAUUAGGGGUUUAAUUUUUCGCUAUUUCUAUUUCACUUUUGACAUUUAGUUCAUUUUAUUUGCCGGAAAGUAAGCCUUAGAAAUUAAAAGGACAUUUGAUCAAUUCACGCUCGCGCAUUCUAGUCUUAUUUUAAACUUUAUAGCGGAAGGACAUCUGUGAGCGGGGAAUACGUCAGCGCAGAAUUUGAUGGUCGGCAAAUUUCUGUAAUCGUCCAUCGUUCUGCUAGUGAUAAGCUAGCCGUUGAACCAUUCACUCUUCUUGCUUGUUUGGGGCCGAGUCUUAUUCCGGUCAAAGAAAGAGAAAGAGUGUCGGGCAAGGUUUCCAAUUAAAGAUUUGUGAACUCGUGUCUGGCAAACUCACUUAGUGUUAAAAUAUAUACUGUUAUAGCACCUUAUAACUUCAUCUGUGCUUAACGAGUGUCUUUUGGUCCAUAACUUUCAUAACAACUGCUCCACGUACAGAAUGUCACUGAUAACACGUAACCCAAAAGAGUAUCGAAGUAUGACUGCACAAUUAAUGUCACAAAAUAUACCUAAGUGGUCCCUUCGGAAUUUUUUGUGUUUUACGUUAUCCUAACCAUUUCGUACUUGCGGGCGCAAACAAUAGAAACGUUAUCAUUACCUACCGAUUCCUCGCGGCCCCUGUUCGAGCAAAUCGAGAUUUUUUCUUUAUUGACUGUAUGACUGUAUUUUUCAACUGUAAGUACUUUCCUUUAUAUACGCGCGAGUUACCAGAGCGGCAUUUCGCCUUCUGGGCGAAAUCCCUGUGGGGGCAAUUACUCCGAUACUUGUGACACCUUGAGACCCUGGUUUUAAAAUCUAAGAGUGUGACUUUGUGUUUUUAUGAAAUCUGAGAAUGAGACUUAGUGACUCGUCAAGAAAAUUCUAGCCUGAGACUGAAACCCUUAAAGAGCUGGAAAGUUUGAAGACAACAUUAUUAAUUUUCUUAAAAGUUCAAAACAUUAUCAACAGUCAUGCAUGGUCAAACAGCUUAAUUGGGCUGUGAGCAGGAGUAUGGUGUUUUUCUUAUCUGGUUUUAACUUUUGAAUUUGACCACUUUGUUUGCAAAUAAUGUGUUCUCUGGGACUCCAAUGGGCUGUAAAGUUGACAGAUAUGUGGCAUAUUUAUAGAGGUCACAGCUGUUAACAGAAAUAACUUAAUAACAAUAAAAUAAUAAUUCAUAGUUCAGGUUUAUGGUAGCAUAAACCGAUGUUAAUUAGCCUGAAAUUAUGCCCUAGGAAUGCACACAUAUUGAUAUAUAAGUAACAAAUAUCAUAUCUCAAUUUGUCACACAAUGUUCAACAUUUGAAUAUAAGCUUUUGUACCAAGUGACUGUAGAUACUACCGGUAGCUAGUCCAAAGUACCAAGAAAAAAAAUUAACAGUAACUUGUGGUUCAAUACUUUACGGGCUGGGAAUUAAAGGAGUCAGUAUAAUUGGCGUAAAGAGGAGCACAUGUGCAUGAUGAGCAUGUGAUAAUAUGAAUUUAAUUGGUUUCUUAAUUCUAGAAAUAUCACGAUAAUAAGUUACAAUGCUUUUUGCCAAAGGAGAAAUAUAAGUAUUACAAUUAUUACAAUGUAUCCUUCUCCUUUGGCAAAAAGCACUGUAACUUAUUAUUGCGAUAUUUGGAGAAUUAAGGAACCAAUUCAUAUUGUCACAUGCUCAUCAUGCACAUGUGCUCCUCUUUAUGCCAAUAUACUGUCCUUUAAUUCCCAGCCAGUUCUCUUAAGGGGUUUUGGUUCAUAAAAAGUAACUUUCCUUCCCACCCUUUUGACCGGAACCUUUGUUUUGCUGUUUUAUUUACUGUUUAAGUUUACUAAUAAUCCCUGUUUUUUGCACGACCAGAUUGUAUAUCCAGCAGAUUAUUUAUUUCUGAUCAACCCAUCUUGACAUAUAUAUCUACCUAUAAAAGAAAUAUUAAUUGUGCAUAUGAUAUUGUAUUUGGACAAGAUAUUGCAUUCCUUCAUUUCUUCCAGGAAGGCCAGGUAAUCUCUAGAUAUCCUGGUCCCCUUACCCCUAGAUUUCAGAAUUUCCCUGCCACCAGUAUUUUGCCCACUACUUUCUUGUGUGCGUUCUUUGUGGUCUACCGCGUAAAACCACAAUGCGAAACCAUCCACCGAUCGAAAGAGUUAAUUAAAUAAAAUUUAUUUAAAUAAAUAAAUAUUACUGUAUAUAAACUUCAAUAGCUACUUGAGAGUUUUACAAAAGACUUCAAUACCUGAAUUUUCAAAAUUUGAGAGUCCGAGAUGGUCAAAAUCAUAAGUGAGUUCAAAAUUCUCAGACUGCAAUUCUAAAUGCCAAGACGUCAAGAGUCAAUUAAAAUUUUGUGAGAUACUGGAGACGAUUUUAGUAUAUGCUUAAACAGUGGAUAGUGUUUUUCAUGUGCUCUGAUAAUGGCUACUCAAAGUCAGGAUAUCCAGUGCUAUUCAGAUCACUGAUUCACCUCCAUCUCCUCUGAGUGACACCAAACUUGCAUAAGUUACUAGCAAUAUGGUUUCCCGGUUUGCUGCUGUAACAAACAACGAAAUUUCACAAAUAAUCAAACAAGCUGUUCCCGAAAUACAUGAAGGUUACGAAAUUCAGUUUGGAAGUUUUAACAGGUAAAACGUUUUCUGUUUGACUUGAAUUUGUUGAUGAAACCGGCGAAAAAGGUUUUUCUUUACAAAUACAAAUUAAGUCUUGCGUUAAUUUAUUUAGCUGACAUGUUCAUAAAUAAACUUAAAACUAAAUAAAUAGUUUUUAAGAGAUUGGUUUCAUAACUCCCUCUGAAGAAAUUUCCCACAAUAGCUAAACAAAUUUGCCAUUCGGUCAUUUGCAUGCCAAAAUUGUUAUCGUUGGUAGCAGUAAAUGAGUUAAAAACCAUCAUUUUUGUGCUCAAUUAUCUCACUGUUUUAGUCUAUACUAAUACAAUUAUUCACCUCAAUGUCAGGCUAGAGGGGGGAUAUUUACAGAGCCGCAAAGCAGUUUUCUAAAUAUCAAUCACUAGCCAUCUCCACUUCAGUGAAUAAUAAUUGUUAUCUACCCCCAUAUUUGAGAUUUUGUACUUCAAAAAGCUUCCAAGCUGCUGUCCAAUCUCCUCAGAGGCUGGAGAGAAUAUUGUAAGCGCAUCGGGAUCUUCUGUGCUGAGGCCGAAAGGGCAGCCAAUUAUUUUUCUUUUUUUAGAAUUGAAGGACACAGGACAGACCGGGUCACCCUUUCACAACUAACCAGUUCUGAUCAAGCACACAUUAUAUUAGCUUUUAAUUUCUUGUUAAUCUCCCUCCUUUUAUUUUUACUGAAAAACAGUUAUGGCAUUUAUAGAUUUUUUAUUUUUUACCCUUUUAGAUAUUUCGAACAACAGCAAUUUGCAGUCUGUCCUCUCCAAAUUAUAUUUAUAAAUUAGAAAUUAAAGUAAGUCUAUAAAUGUCUAAUAUGAUGGUGAAAACCUGAAACCUGAAGAUUGGAUGGAUAAUUACACGGAUAAUCAUUUCUAAUAGAGUUCCAAACACAGUCACUUUCAAAACGAGGCUAAGUGCAAUGCCUUUGUUAUAAAACGAGUUUUAUUUGCGUAAGAAUGAAAAAUCGUUUUCAUAUCUGCAGUGGCUUUGCACUUUGCCUCACUUUAAAACAGAGGCUUGAGGCAACUCAGAAAUGGCCAGGUUUAUAAGAAAUGACUGAAUGUUUUUUGUUUUGUUUUGUUUUUAUUAUUAAUAAUAAAUUGUUUGUUUGUUUUAUUGUUCUUCAGGCAAAUCUAGAGAUGAGCAAGGCGCAAGCAGUGAUUCUGCAGGUACUGGGAGAGAAACUUCAGGUUCAAGCAAAAGAGUUCUCCAUGACCAAGGUACAGACCUGUGUUUCUUUAUGUGUGAUUAAAUUCCCAAAAGGUCCCAUCUUAAGAAUUUACUAUGAGGACAGAGCGAAGUGAUUGUUGCAUCAAAGGAGGUUAAAACAAUCACCGGGACCACAGGUAACCCAGGUUCUUUCAUAGCACCACAGUAUGAAUCCUGUAAAAUUUCUGUCUUUGUGUGGGGUAAAGGUACGAUCCUAAAAUCUAUGAAAAUUACUCUGCAGUUAUUUGUUGUUGUCCUUAAAACCCACACAAAGGUUUGUGAUAAUAUAGGUCAUAAUAGAUGAAUGAAUCCAGCAGACUUCGUGAAACUCUUAGAAGAGAAUCCAAAAUGGCCUGCCGGUACCGUACAAAAUCACCUUCAUCUUGGGCGCCCUGGGUGGCCUCCUGGACAUCACUGGCCCAAAUUAAACCUUCAGCAGAGGAAAGAUUUGCUUGCGGGCUAUUGUUCCCAUAAGCCAAUCAAAAAUUGCCAAAGAAGAAUAUGACGAAACGUUGUGUAAGCAUUAAGGACAACAAGAACUAAUGGCAGAGUACUAGGUUUCAUUGACUUUUCGUAAUAAGUAUUUCUUACAAAUGUUAGGAUGGCAACUUAAUCCCAUACAAACACUAUAAUUUUGUAGCAUUUGUACUGAGGUACUAUCAGAGAGCCCGGGUUACCUGUGCCAGGACACAAAACAGUGCAGGUCAUAACGAGGUUAUGGAGGAUUUCAGACAGGGGUGAAUGUUUAACCUUGUGUCCACUAAAGGACUCAGGUGUUGUGGAGAUGAAACUUGUAUGUGAAAUCAGAGAGGUCAGAGGAAACAAUGUAGGGGUCUUAAUUUCCUAAGCAAGGGGAAAGGGGAGGCACUAGCUGGCCAAGGAAUUCUGUUUACAAAUGUCACUUUGUGAUCCAAAAAGAUGCAGAGGGGUGUAAAAAGGGAACGUGAUAGCGUAGGCGAGUACAAGAGUGUAAGUCUAUCCAUGUGGCCACUAUAUAUAUAUCAUUAAUAUUUCCCCAUGUAAUAUUUUAUUUGUUCAUUAUUAUUUUUUAUACUAAAUGAUGGCCUGCAAACAUUCAAUGAAGUGUUCAGAAUCUUUGGAUUAUCAACAAAAGUUUUUGGGACUAGAAUACUUCUAGAAAUCCUGGGAAGUCUUUGGAUUACUUCGUAAUUAAAACAUUCUGAAGUCUUAUUUGUUGUUAAUUUAUGACAAGGGAUUUUUCUGACCAGUGGCAAUCUCUGUUUUCCCAUUAACAUAAAACACAUUGAUUGAUUUAUUGCUGGUUUUUUAAUUUUUAGCUUUUAUUUGUCUUGUUUUUGCAUUCUAGGGUGUUUCAGAGGGUUCCAGGUCUUCCCAGGGAUCAAUCAGGGGUAUUCCAGGGUGUUUUGAGGGUGUUCCAUGGGUGUUCCGGGCCUGUGCAGAGUUUUACAGCAACCCAAUCAGAAACACGAUUUCAAUGUAGCAUAUGUGCAUGGCAAUUACACAGCAGUAGCUUACCUCUCACAUCAGUUAAGAAGGGAUCUUAGUUUUCAGAAUUUCCUUUAUGCUAAUUACGAAAAUUAAGACCUUAUUAUCACCAGAUUAACAACAAUUGAACAUAGAACAAAUUCCUUCUGUUUAUUGUGAAGUUGAAACCAGUUGAAAUGCCUUAAUAAUUUUUAUAAACUAGUUAGGUAGUCUGGGCGCAGGCUCGCACAAAAAAAAGUAAGCUGGCCAUAGUGGGGUAACAGUAGGGUGAUAGGGAAUUAUAAGUGCCCCUCUUUCCCCUCCUCAGUGCCCGCCCCCCACCCCCAGUUUACCACACUCGUCUUGUUAUUCGCCCUAAUUCGCUCUCACUAGCUACGGAGCCUGGCCCCAGCUCAGUCUAUGAACUAAGCAGGAAUUUUGCCAAAAUAAUGGGUUAUAAAUUUUAUAAGGAGCGAUUUAACAUGUAAUGAUAAAAUGUUUUUGUUUGUUGUUUUUUCUUAAGGCAAAUCUAAAGAUCAGCAAGGGGCAAGCAGUGAUUCUGGUGCUCGGAGUGAAGCUUCAGGUUCAAGCAAAAGAGUUUUCGAUGACCAAGGUAUAG